GACGCGUCGUCGCGCCGCCGCGUCGCCCGACGCCCGCCGCGCAGCUCACAACGAGAAACACUCCGCGCGGUACGGCGCAGCUCGCCCGCAAAUCCCUUUGUUCGUUCGCCGAUCCGAACCGAUUUUCGCGACGCCGUGGUCCUGUCCGUUUACUGAGCCGCUCGGCCCGGUGCCGGUCAGCAAGCCCGUUCAUGUCACCGAACACAAUCCGGAAGGAAGACAGCGAUAAAUGCGGCAUUUGGCGCACUAGCGAGCCCGAGCAGGCCGAGCAGAGCCGGUGUCAUCAAAGCAACAAGAUGACUGACCACGGGGAUUACAACCUUUCGCAAAUAGAAGAACUUAUAUUGUGUGGGCACUGCCGGAGGACAUUCAAUGAUUCAAAUCUUGUACCAAAAGAUUUGGCCUGCAAGCAUACCUUCUGCUUGGAAUGCAUUACAACUGGCUUAGGCAAAUCUACAUCGGGAUCUGUGAGAGAACGGGAAUUGUACUGUGUGCUCUGUUGGAAGUUGACAGAGCUAGCAGAAAAUGGACCAGAGGGACUUGAGACCAAUGGUCCCAAACUGAAUUUAGUGAAGCUGUACAUGACACUCAAAAACAAUGGACCUACUUUGGCUAAUGGAAAUGGCCCUCACAUCGAUCCUUCAACGCAUGAGGAUGACCAAAUCGAGUUAUGCAUUCCUCACAGUUCUCCAUUGCGCCUAUGGUGCACUGACUGUAAGAAGCCUCUCUGCAUCGAAUGCCAAAAUGUGGAACCAGAGAGCCACAAGAUAUGGACUUUGGACCAAAUGAAAAAGAUGGCUUCUAAGGAAAUGGCCUACAUGACCCACAUGGAUGAUAAUGUUCGGCAACUAGCAAGGCGACAGCGUCAAUUUUUAAUACUUAUUCGGGAUGCAUGUACUGCACUGAUAAGAGAGGUACAAUCUAGUCUAGACAGCGACUGGACUGUGGAACCUACGGCUGAAAUACGUGAAGCCUUAGCUCAUAUACAAAUCGCACUAAUGGAUGCCAAAUCGCCUAAAGAGGUGCAUGAACUAUUCUCGCUUGCACUCCUUAAAAAGCAAUCAUUGCAGACCAAGUGUCAGGAGUUGAUAAUUCAGUGUCAACUCAAUGAUUUAAUUGGACAUUCCGAUGCUGUAUUUAAUUUUGAAUCCCUUCAUCAAGCUGUUGCAAGUAUCCUAUCAAGCGACAACGAAAUUAAGCCAAUCCCCUUAAAGCAACCAAUUCAAGAUCCUAUCUUGUUCCUGACAAAUUAUUGCAUGUCUCAACUUUACUCUCGGAUGCAUCAAAGAUCAAACGGUGACAGUGCCUUCUUGAGCCACAGCAUGCAGCGGCAGUUGGUUAUAACCCCACCUGAAGUUCUGAAUGAUUCUUCAAGGCCAAGCAUGCUUACCCCAACUCAAAGUCUGCCCUUGAGUGAACCUUUAGAUCCCUUCAUUGAUACUAAUGAUUCUCAGGUUGAGUAUAAUCAUCAGGUAGCUCCACAACCUGCUUCUGAACCGUUUGAUAACACAUCAGAACUUGAACUUUCUCGUCCAUCUACCCCACCAGAUGCCUAUAGCCCGCCAGAACCCUUUGCAUCCCCACCUGCUCAUCACGCCCCAAAACCCUUCGUCCCACUUGCAGCAACUACUGCCCAAAUAGUGCAGAUGAAUUCAAUGGCAUUGGAACGAGCAGAACCACCUGCACCGAUUAUUCAUCCGCCUGUGCGACCAGUUCCCACCAGAUCUCCGGCAAACGUCUCCCCUCGGUAUUACUUCAAUAUAGAUAUAAGCGGAGUUGCCAAGGGGAGGAUCGUCAUCGAAACGCGGCCAGAUGUUGCUCCUAAAAUGUGCCGAAACUUUGACAGACUGACCAAUACAGACAGGAAGCCCUCAUACAAAGGAUGCGCCAUAUUCCAAUGUUGGAAAAACGAAUCGGUUAUUACUGGCGAUUACGAGUAUAACACCGGUCGAGGGGGAAGGUCCAUCUAUGAUGAACAUUACUUUCAACCCGAUGAGACAAGACUACCCGCAAUAAGAGGUGCAGUGGGUAUGCGACGACAGCAAAAGAAACAUGAUUAUUUUGGAUAUGUAGGAUCCCAAUUCCGCAUAGUUCUCCAGGAUACUCUCAACUUCACUGGCAUUUUUGGUCAAGUUGUUGAAGGCAUUGAUAUAGUUGAUCUGAUUGCAAAUCAUGGAGAUGCAACAGGAAAACCUGUCAAGCCCAUUACAAUUACUAAAUGUGGAAAGCUAACUUAAAAAAGUACCUGUGGCUGAUUCUUUUCCAAAUUUCGUGUAUAAAGUACUAUAAUCUCUCGAUGUUAGGUUCUGUUAUGAUAAUACAUUAUUCAGAACAUUUUCUUCCAAAUUUGAUAUUGUGAACAUUUCUUUUCAUUAGUCUUCCUAAUCAGAAUUUUUGUUUAUGAAGGCAAUCCAUUAUAAAGACUGGACCUUAACUCUCAUUGAAAUUUCAAAACUUCCUGUUAAACUAUAUUUUAAGCUCCACAGAGGGGUAGUUUUUUGCAGUCCAUUGUGAUGUAAGAGUAAGGAUAGAAAUAAAUCAUGCAAUGUUAACACAAGUUGAAACUUCCUUGAUCUUCAAUUACAUACAUUUGUCAAUUGAAUUAUUGUAUAAAUCAUUCCAUUAGAUGAUGGUUCUAGUUCUGUUUCAAGACUUACAACUUAAAUGUAAGAUUUAUAAUUAAGCUGUGUAAAUGCAUCUAAUUCAAGGUAUGUCUCUGGAUAUGGAUUUUUGAAAAAUAUGUCAUUUUGGUAACAUUCCAUUUUCUGUAGAAAUAGUGUCAAGUCAAUUGACCCUGUCAGAUAAUUUGCAUUUAUUUUUUAGGGGAAGGGACCUGACAUACUGAGUGGUGACACUGCAGUGGGCAACCUUUUAAAAUGUUGGGUUGAUGAAAGAUAUGAGAAUCAAGCAAUGUGUUUCCCUCCCUCAAUUUAAAGUAGUCUUAAGAAUGAAAUGAGAUUUCUUACCUAUGUCCAUCAAUUUACCUAGAUCAGAUCCUCAUGUUAUUUUAUCUUGCUAGUAUUGUAAUUGGAAUUUCUGUGACUUUUUCCAGACCUUCUUGGUUACACAUUGGUUUAUUACCUUCACUUUUUUCCCUCCGAUUUUCACAAUUCUUGAGAAUUUUGAAAGACUUAAUUUUUAUGAAAAUUUUAUGUGGAACCAGAUGAGAACAUAGUGCCAUAGUCAUAAAAGGGAAACCUCAUGCAAGGCCACAUUUUGUUCUGGUCCAAAUGUUAUAAGCCUGUGAUUUUGUUCCUAGGCUAAAGCAAAUUGUGCAAAACCAAGUGUAUAUUGCCCCUACUUUAAUAAUUAUUCUUUUUAGCAUUUAAUACUUAAGUGGUGAAUGUUAAUUACAAGGUAUUCUUACUGUAUCUUUCUAUCUUUUACCAGCAUUAUUAAUGUCUUGAGUAUAUUGCUGAGCAAGAUUAGCACUACUAGCUUAAUUCUUGUACUUAUUUUUCUCUACCAAAAUUGUGAUUGUAUUCAGUGUGUUAGAAACUAAAAUUCAAUCGAACAGAACCAAGAUUGCACAAUGAAUACUAUGAGCUAGACACUUGAACAAUUUUUUGUAUGUUAAAUGUGCAAAAAAGCAAGUAAGGCGAGAAGUGAAUUCUUAUAUCAGAAUGCAGUAUUGUUUAACAAUUCUUUGAACGUGAUAGUUGGUUAUUAUAAUUGUCUAUGUCAAUUUUAAAAUGGCACAAUUUCAACAAUGAAUUCAAACCCAUUUUUGAGAUCAAAAUUGACUUCACUAUGAGAUGUCAGUUUAUGUAUGUUUUUCAUGGAUUUGAGGAGCUUUGAGUCAAUUAUGUAAUGCAGCUCAGCUCACAGUGCGAAUAAAAUGGAAAACCAAUACCA